AUGUCUCAAAUCCAAAGGUGGACGGUUAGCGAGGUGAGCAUCAGCCCUAUAUCGACGUCCGGGGGCACUCUACUCGAGGGUCCCUAUCACGACGUGGCCAACAACGAGUUCCGCUUUGUGGAUAUCUGGGAGCAUAAGCUGUAUCGUGUGGAUUUGACCCGGGGCCCCGAGUCUCUAUCCGUGGUUGACACCGGCACGGCUAUUGGUGUCACCGCCAAUAUCGGCAAUGCAAGUGAAUCCAAUGCAGAUCAACUAGUAGUUGCUGCCAAAAAAGGAUUCGCCCGGCUGGACCGUAUCACCGGAAACCUAUCCUAUAUCCGCGAAGCUUGGGGCGAAGAAGACGGGCCCGGAAAAGUGGACUUUCUACACCGGAUGCUAGCGCCGGUGACCAUCCCCAAUGGAAUCGGCUGGAACGCCGCGGAUGACACGAUGUACGUUACAGACUCGCCGACAGGCAAGAUCUUCGCAUUCGACUACGAGCCCGUGACGGGCAGUCUCGGGACUCGGCGCGUGUUCUUUGAUCUGGGCGAGCCGCUGGAGCCGGAUGGAUUUGCCAUCGACGUUGAAGGCUGCAUCUGGAGCGCUAUCUAUGGCGGCGGGAGGGUUAUCCGGAUCUCCGCCACUGGGGCCCUCAUCGGCCAGAUCGAUCUGCCUACGCGAAACCCAACCUGUCCCACCUUCGUGGGCGAGGAGCUCUGGAUCACCUCGGCCAAGGAUGAUAGGGACGACGCCGUGCUGCCGCAGUCAGUGCGGUAUGGGGGCUGUGUCUUUCGUGUGAACGUGGGUGUUCGGGGGCAGGCGAAGAAUGAGUUUCGGCUUCAGCAGUAG